AUGGGAAAACCUCUUCAGCAAGAAUGCGUUUUGGUUGAUAAAUUCGCAAUUAUUGUUCAGAUCAUUCUGGGUGCUUUCGCGUUCUCAACUCUUAUUUAUAAGAGACAUAGAGAACGACCACAAAGGCCUUUACGCAUAUGGUUUUACGAUGUUAGCAAACAAAUGUUGGGUGCAAGCAUGGUACAUGGGUUGAAUAUUAUUGUUUCUUAUAUUUCAGGUUCUUCUGAAGCUGACGAUAAAAAUCCUUGUGUAUGGUAUUUUCUUAAUAUAUUUGUGGAUUGUACAGUAGGUGUGUUUAUAUUAUCUAUAUUCCUUAAAGCCGCACAAUAUGUGGCAAGUACUAUCGGAAUUAAUGGUGUGAAAAGUGGGGAAUAUGGCGAGCCCCCAAGAUUCGAAUGGUGGGCAAGACAAACUGUUGCAUUUAUUAUUUGCAUACUAUUUAUGAAAAUUGUUAUAGUUAUUAUCUUUCGUCGUUUGCCUUUUCUGUUCGAUUUUGGUGAAUGGUUUUUGGGUUGGACUUUAUAUGAUCCGAAACUUCAAGUCGUCUUCGUAAUGUUAAUUUUCCCUUUGCUUAUGAACACAGUGCAAUUUUGGCUUGUUGAUCAGGUUAUAAAAAAGAAAGUAGAAGGUGGAAAACUUGAAGAUUCUAGAGAUGAAGAUCAUGUAUUUCUUCCUGUAAAUGCUAACGAUGAUGAAAUGGAUUAUCAUGAGAAUAUCCAGCCCUAUCUGAAAAAUGGUAGUAAUGUUAGUAUUUCUUCCAUUACUAGCGCAAGCGCUGCCUUACUAAGGAAGAGCUUAUUUAAUGAUAAGGACAAAUUCGAAAAUGAUGAUACUGAAAAUGAAACAUACAUUGAACUACGAGAUACAUCUCCUUAUCGCCUAUGA